CAAACAAAAAGUGACUCACGCUUUGCUCAUUUCAAGACAAAGUGUUUUCCCACACGCGAAAUGUCCGAGAGUGAGUAUCACGAUGUGCUGAAGAAGGCGCUGGAUGCCGACGAGGUCGGGGAUGCAGAUGAGGCGCUGGAGUUGUACACGAAAUUCGUGGAAUUGACGCUGAAAAUUGAAAACAAGGCCUCCAAGGAGAAGCUGCAGGCGCUGGCCAAGCAGGCUCUGGACAGGGCUGAGGAGAUCAAGGGGCGUCGCACGGAGUCCCGCACUGAGGACGUGGCUCAGGUGUCUGCUCAGCCGGCACUGUCGCCGCGCGGCGCAGGGGCACAGGGCUACACGAAGGAGGAGAAGAUCGUGCUGGAGCACACAUCGCACAUCAACAAGCACGUCUUCGUGCCCUUCAUGAGCAUCGAUCUGGCGGACAAGUUCCUCUACGCCAUCCCCUUCUCCGACCCAGACGGGCUCCUGCAGCUGGCGCCCAAGCAGCGCUCCGAGCUGGCGUCGUGGCAGCGCAUCAGCGAGCUGAGCGAGGACGCCAAGAUGAUCCAGAACCAGAACAUCGACUACUUCAGUAUCCAGCAGACGAUCGUAUCUGACUGCAGCUUUGUGGCGUCGCUGGCCGUGUCGGCGCUGUACGAGAAGCGCUUCGGCAAGGCGCUCAUCACGUCCAUCCUCUUUCCCAAAAGCUCAUCUGGGCGUCCCGUGUUCAAUCCCAGCGGCAAGUACAUGGUCAAGCUGCACGUGAACGGCAUCCCGCGCAAAAUCGUGGUGGACGACUUCCUGCCGGUGGGCAGACGCGGCCAGCUUCUGUGCAGCUACUCUAACAAUCACUCGGAGUUUUGGGUGUCUGUGCUGGAGAAGGCGUACAUGAAGCUCAUGGGCGGCUACGACUUCCCAGGUUCCAAUAGCAACAUCGACCUGCACGCCUUGACGGGCUGGAUUCCCGAGCGUGUGGCCAUAAAAAUCGACAACGCCACGUUCGACGGCGACGCUGUGUUCGAGCGCCUGCGCACGGGAAUGUCCACUGGUCGGUGCCUCGUGACCGCCGCCACCGGCGAUCUGGCGGAGGCUGAGGAGAAGCGUACUGGCCUGGUCGCGACGCAUGCCUAUGCCGUGCUGGACGCCCGCGUGACGCAGGACGGUGUGAAGUUGCUGCAGCUGAAGAAUCCCUGGUCGCAUCUGCGCUGGAAGGGCAACUAUUCCGAGCUGGACACCGCUCACUGGACGCCAGAGCUGCAGCAGGAGUUGAAUUACGAUCCCGCCGUGGCGUCGAAGGUGGACAACGGCGUGUUCUGGAUCGACUAUGCAUCCGUGCUGCACUUCUUCGAUGUGUUCUACGUGAAUUGGGAUCCGGCGCUCUUUCAGCACACGUACUGCGUACACCAGAUGUGGCGCGCGGGCGUGGGACCCACCAAGGAUGUGUACACGAUAGCUGAGAAUCCGCAAUUUCUGCUGAAGAUUGGCCCAGGCUCGGCAUCAGUGUGGAUUCUGCUCACGCGGCACAUCACGACCAUUGAGGAUUUCAGACAGAACAAGGAAUACAUCGCUCUGGUGGCGUACGAAAAUGAGGGCAGGAAGGUGUACUAUCCGUACGAUCCGAAACCUUUUCACGAGGGCGUGCGCAUCAACAGUCCGCACUACUUGUGCAAAAUCCGGCAGGAUCCGCAGAAGACGCGCCUGAUCACGCUGGCCAUUUCGCAGUACGAAAAAUCCACCACGAUUUAUUACACGCUCCGUGCGUACUCGCGCGAUCGCUUCGAGCUGCACAAGAUCGACAGUGGCUUCACGCACACAGAGAGAGUGAAUGGCGCGUGGGAGGGAGAGUCUGCCGGCGGCUGCUCUAACUAUCCGCAGACGCACGGCAAGAAUCCCAAGUACCGGCUGACGGUGGGGCCCAAGGCGAAGUGCACGCUCCUCGUGGAGCUGCGCGCCCCGAAAGUCUACCAAGUGGGCUUCGAGGUGAGCACAGUGUCGUGCGCCGAUCCGCAGGUCACUGCUAACUUCGUGCGGCAGAGCUCGGGCGUGUACAGGUCGGGCUACUGCAUGCUGGAGCUGGAGAGCCUGCCAGCGGGCGUGUACACGCUCGUGCCGACGACCUUCCUGCCCGGCCAAGAGGGGCCUUUCAUCCUGGACAUCAAAUGCUCCACAGGGAUAAAAAUCGAAGAGAUUACCUCGUGAUAACAAUUUAUUAAUAAUACAUUCUCUCACAUCCUGA